AUGUUUCUGUUAUUAUCAACAGUAUCUGCCAUUUUGGCAAUAUGGUAUCUGAAAUUCCUUUGGGGGAGAAGGAAAAUGUAUAUUCAUUCAUGGAACACACCUGGCCCAUUUGCAUUUCCUCUUGUGGGAUGCUCAUAUCUGUUUCUAUCAGAUUUACAAGGAGCAAAUCGAAGGGUGAUUGAAUUAUUGAGAUUAUACCCAGGACUAAUGAGAUUAUGGCUAGGGCCAUACCUAAUAUAUAUCCCAACAAAACCUGAGUACGUCCAAAAACUCUUGAACAAUGUUUUAGAAAAACAAGAAACAAUUCGAUACAAUGAUUAUCCUGGAAGAACUGGCCUUAUUGCUGCUUCUGUUAAAGUAUGGAAACGACAUCGGAAGAUGAUAAUGCCAACCUUCAGCCAGAAGAUUCUGAAUUCAUUCAUGGAUAAAUUCAAUGAGAAAGCUCAGAUUCUGUGCAAACAAAUGGAUGAACAUGUGGGACAAAAAAAUGUGGACUUUUACGAUAUGAUUUCAAAAUGCACAUUGGAUAUAAUUUGCGAAACUGCCAUGGGGAUUGGAAUGAACACACAGACAAUACCUUCUGACUACGACUCGUCUAUGAAUAGGCUGAUAGAAUUGAUUUGCCUAAGAGCAAUGAACGUGAGGUAUCAUAUUGAAUUCAUUUGGAAAUUGUCUUCCGCUGGUAAAUCAUGGAAGAAGCCUUACGAAAUAUGCAGGAAUUUCACUUCCAAUGUCAUAAAGAAAAAAAUUGAGGAACAUACGUGUAACUCCAAAGAGACUGUUGUUGAGACCAGAAGAACUGAACCAUUCUUAGAUUACCUAGUGAAGACGGAAAGUUUCACAGAACAAGAACUGUGCGAUGAGGUUAACACAGUAUUAGCUGCAGGAACGGAAACUUCAGCAAGAACUGUGCUAUCUAUGAUGAUGGCUUUGGGAGUAUACCAAGAUAUUCAGGAGAAAGUAUACGAAGAGGUGAUGGAAGUUUUAGGACCGGAUCGCCAAGUGGAGCCACAAGAUAUCUCGAGAAUGAAAUACACAGAUAGGGCAGUGAAAGAAACUCUGAGGAUAUUUCCAACGGCACCAGUGACUGUGAGAACUGUCGAAACUGACCUUCGUUUAGAUGAGAAGUAUUUGAUUCCUGAAGGUUCGAUAAUUUUCAUCUUGUUAACGGCCCUCCACAGAGAUCCUAACUACUGGCCAGAUCCCUUCAAAUUCGAUCCUGACCGUUUUCUACCAGAGAACAUAGCGAAAAGACAUGCAGGCAGUUAUUUGCCUUUCAUGAGUGGACCCAGAAACUGCAUAGGCGGUGGUUUUGCCAUCAUGAGUAUAAUAACAAUUAUUGCCCAUCUGACGCGAAAGUACAGAUUCUUCACGGAAUACAAAACUUUGGAAGAAAUUGAAGUGCUUCCGUUGCUGUCACUCAAGCUGGUGAAUGGUUCCAAAUUGUGGAUUGAAAGAAGAUGA